AUGGAUGGUGAUGAGACCUCUAGGCGAUCAACUUUGCAAAAACGUGAUUAUGCUGCGAAACUUCGAGGUCAAGAUAUGGUUAGUUUUUUAUUGUUUUUGAUGAUUAAUUAGGAAAAUAAAACAUGCUUCCAGGUCGAUUUUCUCGAGAAGUUCUUGGCCGAAGGUGAUUUCUGGGCUGGAAAAUCUAUUGCUGGAAUAAUAUCAAAAGAAAUGUUAGUGGAACUCGGAAAUUGCUUUCAUAAUUUGUCAAGCACUGCUAGAACCAAGUUCCUCUUAUGUCUCCCUUUUCUUUCUAUCAGUGUACAAAAUGAUGUAAGUGCUUUGAAAUAUUGCCUUUUAAACCAAUUAUUCAAAUUCUUUUCUUUGUAGUGUUGGAAAGAAUUGGAGAUUAUUUUGAAUCAGGCGAAAGGGGAUUCUGACGAAUGGGUGGAAACAAUUUCAAAAUCAUUCACCAAGCUUCCAAAAACUGGAGUUAUUCAAGAAUCUGUCAAUACCGAAGAUUUCACAACUGAUAGCGCAGAAGUGAAUAGUUUAUGUAAGUUUUUUUUUCUGAUUGAAAUGAAAACCACAUUUAUUUAUUAUUUCAGUUGAACAUCAUGUGACUAAUAUUGGCUUGAAAAUUCUCCCAAAAGCAUAUGCCUUUGCUAUGAAAAAAGUUUUGACAAAAACUUUCGGACCUCAAACAAAACCAACGCAACAUUUUGUAUUGAAAAAGCAAGCAAAAUCACUCAAAUAUCAACAUGAAACUGAAAAACGUUAGUUAUCAAGUUUCCUUUUGAAAUAAUUUCCUAACUUGGUUUCAGAAAAUCGUGAACAAGUGACUCAAAAAACUUCCACAUCUACCGCUGUUUCAUCUUCAACUCUUCCAAUCAAAAUGCGAUCAACACAACGGAUUCCAGACACUAAAAGUAAAUUUUUUACUGAUAAAAAGCUAUUGGAAUUCCCAAACAAUCAUUAUUUUUUAGCACCAAUGAAAGGAAUACCAACUCAAAACUCUCUCAAACUCAACUCUGGCUUCACAUAUGAGCCAAAGAAGUUCCGACGAGAUCUUCCGCAAAAGAAAGGUGGAGCAAUGUUGCUAGAUAUAAAUGAACUUCCAUUAUCUUUGAAACAACGUCGACAACAAGAAACUGCUGAUAAUCGAUUGAAGAAAAAAGAGGAGAAAGAAUUGGAGAAAUCGAAAGCAGCACAAAUCAAAAAAGAACGAGAGGUAUCAAAAUAUUCCGAAUUGAAUAAUUAUUUUUUGAAAACAAAAUAUUUUUAGGAGUUGAGAAGAGCAAGUAUGCGUAGAGAAUAUGAAGAACAGUCAGAGCAAUUGAAAAAGAAUCGAAGAUUAUCUGCAAAUUUCUCAUCACCAGAAGCAGCUUGUUCAUCAGAAGGACCCCCUCCAGCCAAAAAACCAAAUCGAAGAUCAGAAGGAGAUGCUUUCUCUUCCCCACCAUCAAUGCCAAUUCAACCACAACAGCGUCAACAAGUUCAAAAUAUGUUGAAAUCUCCACCAGCAGUUCCUGCGCCGGGAAUUGUUAGACCUGUGCCACAACCAGCAUUUAGAAUGAAUGAGCCAGUUCAAGCAAAAGCUGCUCCUGAAUCUCAAGCUUCAACUUCAAAACCUGCGAAAGUUGCAUCACCGAUCAGAAUUCCAUCACCUCAAACAUAUGAGCAAUUUGAAGAGGAAAUAAUUGCUAAAAGAAAAGUGGCAUUGGAAAAACAACAAGCUGCAGCAGCUGCAGUUGCUGCAAGAGCUGCUGCAAAACAAAAACAACAAAAAGAAAUGGAGGAGAAGUUGGCGCUGCAAAAACAACAGCAACAAAUGCAGCAACAGCAAAAGUUGCAACAACAGCAGUUUCAGCAACAGCUUCAACAAAUGGAUACCUCAAGAGAGUUAUCACAUUUUUCAUAUCAACCGCAACAACAAAAUCAGCCGCAGCAGCAACAACAGCAACCUCAACAAGCUUUCCAACAACAGUAUGCUAGUCUUCCACUACAGGCACAAACUAUUGAACUACCACCGCAAGUUGAAGCUCCAGCAGGUUAGAGUUUCAAAUCAAAAACACUAAUUCAUAAUCUAUAUUUUUACAGUAAUUGCUCAGGCGGCCAUGCCUCGAACUCGGCGAAAUUUCCAAUUCAGUGAUGAACAGCGUCGAGCCUGUAUGGAAAGAUAUUCUGAGCUUUUUGGUACAUCAAACGCUUUGGAUGAAGAUGGAAUCGAAUUGAUGGUCUCGUUUCUUUUAGGAGAUACUAGUAAGUUUUCGUUUUCAAAAUCUUUAGAAGUAGUCUUGAUUUUUCAGAUAAUCCUCAUCCUGAGCAAGGACAUUUGGUGACUGUCAGAAUGUCUCAAAAUGAAGAACGAGCAAUACAAGGCGAUAGAGUUGUCAGAAGAAUUGUUGAAACGUUUUUCCAAGUCAGUAAAUCUUCAGAGAAAUCUAAUAAUCAAACUUCACAGUUACAUUUUAUAACUAAUUUCAGAUGGACUAUGGAAAUGGCGAAUGGAGAAGAUUGCGUCGAAGUCGAAUUGAUGACAAUGAUAUUAUUCCAGCAAAUCAAUUUAUGCAGCCAAAUAUGCAACAAGCUCAAGCUCAACAACAGCAGCAAAUGCAAUUGCAGAAUCAGCAACAACCACAGAUUCAACAACAGCAAAUGUUCAAUGAACAACAAAUUCGCAACUUCCAACAGCAGCAAAUGAUAAAUCAACAAUUGCAAAUGCAAAUGCAAGCUCAACAAAGAGCUCAAGUUCGUGUGCAAGUGCAACAAUCACAGGCACAGGCUCAGGCGCAAUCUCAACAAGCACAUGCUCAAAUACAGGCUCAAAAUCAAGUUAGAGCCCAAACGCUUGUACAGACGGAACAAGCGAGAGCAUUUGCGCAAAUGGCUCAUAUCCCAAUUCAUCCUGAUACGCAGGCGCGACUUUUGGCUCAGGCACAGCUUCGACAACAGCAGCAGCAGCAGCAGCAGCAACAACAAGCUUAUCAACAAUAUCAGCAAAAUCAACAGCAAAAUCCACAACAAAAUCCACAGCAAAAUCCACAGCAAGAUCAACCGGGAUCAAGUCAAAAUAGAUUCCCGUGGUGA